UAGGCUUAUUUAUAACUAAAUCCCCCACGGGGCAAUAGUCACAUGACAGUUGGCUCCUGUGGGUAUCGCAAUGCUGCAGUUUUGGGGUGUCUGCCAGCGUACGUGAGAGAACGUGGAUUUUGGUGAUCGCUGAUGUCUUGAUUUCUCAUAUUCUUUUUUGGUGCUGAUGGGAACAUUCAAAGUACGAUUUUGGAUAUUGUUCUGGUUUCGUCUAUUGCUGAAAUUGCGUCUGCGAUGCUUCUGGAACCUUUCCUACUGAUGCCUGUGGGAACGUGUGUCUCCCAUAAGGUAUUUUGUUUAAUAGUUAUGUUGAUUAUGGACAUGGAAGUACCUGUGUUUGUCCAACCUGUACAAGUAUGUAUUAUUUUAUUUAUUUUAACUUCGUCCUCUUUCCUAUGGUGUUUCGUCCGUUUGUCUGCCUGGUCUUGUAUGUAUUGUUUUAGCACAAGAGGAGAAGAGAUUCCAAAAAUGUGUGGAUGGCUCGUGAAGAUGAUACAGAUGAAUGUGCGAAGGCUCACUUCCCUGAGGAGACUUCUGCCGGAGUCCUGGAUGUUCUCCUGUGUUACCGCUCUUCUGGUCGGAGCAAUCUUCUCUGCUGUAUGCUCCCAGUAUAUGGAGAGACUUCGUGAAAUGUCUUGGUGAUUAUGAUUUAAAUGAUGAAUGCGGAGGUGUCUUCGUCAAAGGUUCCUUAUGCAGAUUGUCCCAGUGCGUACUUUGUUUUGUUUUAUUAUUUUUAAUUUGUCUUGUGUCAUUCAUCUUUUAUUUACUACAUGUGUUGUUUCGGCGCAAGAGGAAGACGGGUUCCAAAAUGUGUGAGUGGUCCCAGAUGGUGCAGGCAAGAACGAAGAAUCGUGUGACAUUUGUGUUGAUUAUGUUCGAUGCUAAUUUAUAUAUAUGUCGGAGAUGGAAGGACACUGGAGCCUCCCCUUUUGAACUAUGGGAAAAUCCCGUAAUAUUGUAAUCCAGAUUCUACUAUAGCCGUAAUUAAACAAUUGUCAUUCAUUGUAUUUGUUCGAGACUUGUGAUAGUAGGAUUGGGUUCGAGGCGACACAACUAGUCGCCGAACGUAGCCGCGGUCACGGGAUGGACAUUUUCCUCGGGAAUGUCGAUAUAAUGGGACACACGUUGUAUUAACAAUCAAACUCCAAGCAAAGAUUGCCUAGCAACGGCGAUUGGAACCUUC